AUGGCUACAGGGACAGCUAGAUAUUUGAGAUAUAUUCUCUUUGCAUUCUUUGGUCUCGCCAUUGUAUACUUUAUAUCAUCUUCAUCCGAUCAAAGGUUACAGACUGCGCAGCAAGUCUUCACAGACAAGACUGGCAUCCCUAUCAAAGCAGGCACUUCAACAUCGGGUCACUCUGCUGAUGAUUCAAAGACUUCCGAUGCUAAAACUUCCCCAAAUACUCAUGAUCUUCCACCUGCGACCGUCCCUGGAGAACGCAUGAAUGCGACAUUUGUUACUUUGGCACGAAACGCGGAUAUUUGGGAAAUCGCACGAUCCAUUCGUCAAGUAGAGGAUAGAUUCAACAAAAAGUUUAAUUACGACUGGGUUUUCCUAAAUGACAAGCCAUUCGAUUCCACAUUCAAGAAAGUUACCACAUCCCUUGUUUCCGGAAAGACUCACUAUGGAGAAAUUCCAGAGAAACAUUGGUCAUUCCCCGAUCACAUUGAUACCGAAAAGGCUAAGAAGGUUCGUGAGGAUAUGGCACAAAAAAAGAUCAUCUAUGGUGAUUCGGUCAGCUACCGCCACAUGUGUCGCUUCGAAUCUGGUUUCUUCUUCCAACAAGAAUUGAUGUUGAACUACGAGUGGUACUGGAGAGUCGAGCCAUCCAUUGAACUUUUCUGUGAUAUUAAUUACGACGCAUUCAAGUUCAUGGCCGACAAUAAGAAAAAGUAUAGUUUCGUAUUGAGUCUUUACGAAUAUGUUGAAACUAUCCCAACUUUGUGGGACAGUGUCAAAAAGUUCAUCAAGGCCCACCCAGAGCACAUUGCCGAAGGCAACUCAAUGGGUUUCCUUAGUGACGAUGGUGGUGAAACUUAUAACCACUGCCACAUGUGGUCUAACUUCGAGAUUGGCAACCUCAAUUGGCUUCGAUCAAAGGCAUACACGGACUACUUUGAGCAACUCGACCAAGAUGGAGGAUUCUUCUACGAACGUUGGGGUGAUGCACCGGUUCACUCCAUUGCUGCAGGCCUUCUUUUGAAGAAGGAAGAAAUUCAUUUCUUCAACGAUAUUGCCUAUUACCACGUCCCUUUCACCCAUUGCCCAACAGGAGAGCAAACGAGGCUUGAUUUGAAGUGUCACUGCAAUCCAAAGGAUAACUUUGAUUGGAAAGGAUACUCAUGUACGUCGCGAUUCUUUGAUAUCAACAAGAUGGAAAAGCCAGAGGGCUAUGAAAGUCAACAAGAUUAA